UCCUGACUAUAUUAUGCCAACAAAGAAUAGUUAUUGCUCAAUAUUAUGCCAUUAAAAAGGGGUUACAUUUUUUUGUUUUUUUAAAAUAUUUUUUUGGGGCUGGAUAUAAGGAUUUUUAUAUCUUAGGAACAAGUUCCCGUAUGCUAAACCUAUUGAAGUGGCAAGUGUUAAGCAUUUACCAGUGUUGAAAUAGAAUUACCAUUUGCCCAUCUCAUAUAGCAGUCUAGGAUGUAGUUUACAAACACUCCCUCGAAUUGUUCACCAAAUUCGUAUGGUCGAUCUCUGACAAAAUAACACUCCCAAAUUGUUCAACGCCAACAUGCUCAGUACCAGCAGAAAGAAAAACAACAAUUCAAACAUCUAUGCCAGUAGCAGCAAGAAUCAGAAUGCAGAAAACCAUCAAUAUGCUAACACCGAAGCCAUUACGCUAAGAAGCUUAAAACCAAAACCAAAACCAACUAGUUUUUAUUGCUACAACAAUGGUCGGGUAUCUUCUUCGCUGCUUUCCUUUUGCAGCAAGCUGCUCCGUCGUAACUGUUCUAGCUGUUAAGAGGAAAGAUUUGAAAACGAGAAAGUAUGAAACCAAUAAGGAGAAACCUAUGCAUGCAAUGCCUCAAGGGUCGAGACAAAUUUAAAAUUUUUGUUCAAGUUUCGUAUGGAAAAUUUGACAUAGCUGGUUUUAGCACUUCUUACUCCUCAGUAGCAGUACCAAUGAGGCCAAGAUCAAUGGAUGAAAAGGGUAGCUAUGUCUUUAACCAGAACCUGAGGAUUACCCAGUUGGGAAAAUCAGGUCGGAUCGAAGAAGCCAUUCAAGUUUUCUCAGAAAUGACUCAAAAGAACAUUGUAACGUAUAAUUCCCUGAUCUCUGCAUGUGCCAAGAAUGGUAGAAUCGUUAAUGCACGUCAAGUCUUUGAUAAAAUGCCUCACAGGAAUUUGAUUUCUUGGAACAGCAUGAUUGCUGGGUACCUUCACAAUGAUAUGGUGGAGGAAGCGUAUGGGAUUUUUGUUAAUAUGCCUAAAAGAGACAUUUUUUCUUGGACUUUAAUGAUAACGUGUUAUACGCGUAAUGGUGAGCUUGAAAAGGCUAGAGAACUAUUCAAUUUGCUACCUGAUAAGCAAGACCCGGUUUGUUGGAAUGCCAUGAUUGCAGGUUAUGCUAAGAAGGGGUUGUUUGAUGAUGCUAGAAAAUUAUUUGAUGAAAUGCCAGUGAAGGAUUUGGUUUCGUGGAAUUCAAUGCUAGCAGGGUAUACCCAGAAUGGAGAAAUACGUAGUGGAUUGCAGCUAUUUGAGGAGAUGCCUGAGAGGAACGUGGUUUCAUGGAACUUGAUGUUGGAUGGGUUUAUUGAGUUUCACGAUUUGGAUUCUGCUUGGCAGUUCUUUAAGAAGAUUCCAGACCCAAAUGUUGUUUCAUGGGUUACAAUGUUAUGUGGGUUUGCUCGAAAUGGUAGGAUUGCAGAGGCAGAGGAUCUCUUUAAGAAGAUGCCAAAUAGAAAUGUGGUUUCUUGGAAUGCUAUGAUUGCAGCCUAUGUUCAAGACUGUCAGAUCAAAGAGGCUUUUAGACUAUUCUCACAAAUGCCGGAGAGGGAUUCUGUGUCAUGGACUACAAUGAUCAACGGGUAUGUUCGUGUUGGCCAGCUUGAGGAAGCAAGAAAAUUACUUUAUCAGAUGCCUUACAGAAAUAUUGCAGCACAAACCGCAAUGAUCUCUGGAUAUGUGCAACAUAAAAGAAUGGAUGAAGCAUGUCAAAUCUUCAGUCUGAUGAGCACCCGUGAUGUUGUUUGUUGGAACACUAUGAUUGCAGGCUAUGCUCAGUGUGGAAGAAUGGCCGAAGCUCAAUUUCUAUUUGAUCAAAUGAUAAAUAAGAACAUAGUUUCCUGGAAUACUAUGAUUAGUGGUUAUGCACAAGUUGGCCUGAUGGACAAAGCACUUAAGAUCUUUGAGGCAAUUGAGGAGAGGAAUAUAGUUUCCUGGAAUUCUUUGAUCACGGGGUUCUUGCAAAAUGGGUUAUAUCUUGAUGCACUGAAGAGUUUUGUGAUGAUGGGGCAUGAAGGGAAAAGGCAUGAUCAGUCAACUUUUGCAUGUGGGCUCAGUGCAUGCGCCGGUCUUGCAGCUUUGCAAGUUGGGAAGCAACUUCACCAGUUGGUUGUGAAGACUGGUUUUGUAAAUGAUUUGUUUGUCAGCAAUGCCCUGGUCACCAUGUACGCUAAAUGUGGAAGGCUCUUCAAUGCUCAACUUGUGUUCGAACAUAUAAAUAACAAUGAUGUUGUUUCUUGGAAUUCCUUGAUUUCUGGGUAUGCUUUGAAUGGAUAUGGAAAAGGGGCAGUUGGGCUCUUUCAAAAGAUGCUAAUCGAAGGGGUGGCUCCAGAUCAAGUCACCUUCAUUGGUGUUUUGUCAGCAUGUAGUCACGGAGGGCUUGUCGAUCAGGGCUUAGAAUUGUUUAAGAGCAUGACAGAGGUGUACAAUAUUGAUCCUACAGCUGAACACUAUGCUUGCUUGGUUGACCUGCUUGGCCGGUCUGGGAGGUUGGUAGAAGCCUUUAAAAUUGUGAGGGAAAUGAAAAUCAAAGCAACAGCAGGAAUAUGGGGUGCAUUGCUUGGAGCCUCCAGGAUACACCGGAGUCUAGAACUUGGUGAAUAUGCUGCCGAGAAGCUUUUAGAACUUGAACCCCAUAAAGCUUCAAAUUAUGUGCUCUUGUCAAACAUGCAUGCCGAGGCAGGCAGGUGGAAUAAAGUUGAGAGAGUCAGAGUGUUGAUGAACGAGAGAAGAACAGAGAAGCAACCAGGCUGCAGUUGGAUCGAACUCAAGAAUCAGGUACAUGCUUUUGUCUCUGAUGACCCAGCACAGCCCAGAAUAGCUGAGCUUUGCAGUAUAUUAAAGACCUUGACUGCAGAAAUGAGAAACAUUGAUUACAUGUCUUACUGCAAAUCUUCAAUGGACAUCUUAUGAUUGACAAAAUUUUACCAUUUACUAACACUUUUAAAACAGAAAAGGAAAAUGAUGUUGUCUCUUAAUGGAAAUACAAAGUUUUUAUGUAUUAAUUCCAAGAGUGUAUGUAGUACAUAAAUUGUCUGUUUAGUUUUCAGCAACUAUCCAAGGCAAUUCAUGACUUCAAACGCAUGCAAGUUUUUCUUGUUCAGACUUUCUCCAAUACAUAGUUAGCGAGAAAAUUUAUGUCAUAUGCGUUCAUUAUUAAUUUUUUUUUUGGGUACUGCAUUGGUUGUAAUUUUAAUUUCCAUGUAUAGAAGAAAACAGCCAAAGUUUGUUUUA